GUAGCUGCAGAGUGAAAAAGCAGCCAGAUCUAGAAGCUUAGCAAGCUGUGUCUGACACAAAAGAAAGAAUGUCAGCCCCAAUCCCCACUCCAGGCACUGCUGGGACUCAAGGGGGGACUGUCAAUCCCCCAACUAACGUGACUAGCAACCGGAGGCUGCAACAGACACAGGCCCAGGUCGAUGAGGUGGUGGACAUUAUGCGUGUGAACGUGGACAAGGUUCUGGAAAGAGACCAGAAGCUGUCAGAACUAGACAAUCGGGCAGAUGCGUUACAAGCUGGAGCUUCACAGUUUGAAACUAGUGCAGCCAAACUGAAGAGAAAAUACUGGUGGAAAAAUUGCAAGAUGAUGAUCAUCCUGGGAAUAAUAUGUGCAAUUGUUCUUAUCAUAAUUAUAAUUUAUUUCUCCACCUGAAAAUCCUGGAGAUCUGAAAACGGCAUGGCUUGGUUUAUAUCCACCUCUUUCCUGAUGUUCUUUCAUUGGACUCUGCUUUUUCACUCCUGGUGUUUGGGGUCGGCCUGUAAUUAUCUGUAUGAAGUGUGUGGUGUGUUCAGUGUUACACUGUUUUUGUAAGAACUUGUACCAGCUAAAUACUGCCAAGUAGUUCCGUGACCAUAUAUUACUGUCUAAUCACUGUGUCUUAAAAUGUGGCCGCACUGACCUGCAGAAAACACACUUCAUGGAAAACGCUUUUAACCUUUCCAAGAAUCACCGUGAUCGCUGCUUUCUCUUUAGAAAGCACGCAGCGUCUGAGAGCGUUUUCAGCAAAAAAAGUAUACUUUGGGGGUUAAUUUACUCUUUUAAUUUUCAAAGAUUGAUUCAAAUUUGUAUGUUAGCUAAAAAUAACACUUACUUUUCUUUCAGUGCCUGGGGCCCAUGCACACUCUGACGUCCUAUUUUCUUUCUGAGGUGGUCAGCUUGUGCUGGAAUAGGGGGUCUUCAGGCUGAUUAGCAGAUGACCUAUCAAUCAGUCAGUAAAUCAAUCGUAUUUAUCAAGCAUUAACUGUGCAUAGAGCACUGUACUAAGUGCUUGGGGGAGUACACUAUAAUAAUAUAACUGACACAUUCCCUGCCCACAAUGAGUUUACAGUCUAGAGAGGAAGACAGACAUUAAUAUAAAUAAAUAAAAUUACAGAUCUAUAUAUAUAAGUGUUGUGGGGCUUGGAGGAGGGGAUGAAUAAAGGGACCACCCAGUUCAACUUUGACAGAGCUGUACACCUGUUCAAAAUGAUGUGUUUGCAGAUGACCUGAGAGCCACCAAAACGACUGUAUUUGAAUAGCCUCCACAAACAGAUUUUUAAAAAAAUGGAGUCCGGCUCUUUGUAUCAACAGUGUCGCUCUGUAGUAACUACAAGGUCCAAGUUCCUACAGGCUGACAUUGCAAAUUCAAUUUCACUGAAAAUUGAUACUUCACUUUUCUCUUGGCUACUACACAUCCAUGAUUCACUUGUAAGUAACUUCAGGGUAAUUCUAGUUCUAUAAUUCCAUAGCACAAACACAGUUUAAACCAGCUUUAGUGGUAGCAUGAUUUCAGUCAAGAGGUCAAAAGUACUAGAGUUCUAUCUUAUUUGCACUCACAUAACUUCUCCUGAAAAGAAAAAAAAAAGUAUCAUUUCCAGAGCUGGAAGUUUUGAUGUUUCUUUUAAGCAAAUCACAAUCAAUAUUUUUAAAGUUAAAGACAAAUCUACUCAGCUGCUUUUAGGCUACCUAAAACAUCGGGGGAAAAUCCUUUUAACUAGAGGUUGAUUUUUUUCUUUUUGUCCACCACUAAGAAGCUAUUCCUUUUUGAGGGCUGGCAUUUUUACCAGAGCUUUUUGGGAUCUCCUUUUUCAAGAUGCAAAUUAGUUGCACCUGCAUUUGGCUUCAUGUAGGAUAAAUGGCCAAUUUACACCUUAAAAAUGAAUGGUUAUUGGUACCUUCUAUGUGCCUGAAAUUUAACCAAUUUAGAGCACAGUUCUCUCUCAUGCAUCUUUUUAGGUCUCUAAGGUUCUGAAAGCACAAAUUUAACUGAAUGAAGGGAGAAGUGGGAGAGAAUCAUCCUUUGAAAUCUGCCCCAACUACACACUCCUUAUUGAAAAAUAGGUACUACAUAAAUUGGAAAGAAAAAAAAAAGAAGACUCCAGUUCACAGAGGUCAAUGUUCCACAAAUGGAAGGUUUUUCCUUAAAAGGCAUAAGGAGGCCCACAGAUCAAUCAAUCAAUCAA